UGAAGGUUGGUUGUUAGCUUACCUGGAGUUCGUUCCCUUGUUAAACUUUAAGGCUGUUGAGGCUGUCUAUCUUAUCGCUGGAAUUGAAGCCUCGAUGCGGGACAAAAUCGACGUCCCCACAUACCCACCCACCUUGCAUCCACAAUCAUCACCAUCCCACACAGGACACACAUCACACAUCUACCAAACGUCCAAGUCACCAACUCAUUCCACCUCCGAUCCGACCUCAGGCUCUCCCUACACCUCUGGCUGCUGGCCGACAUUGACCAUGUCGGCAUAGUUAGCACGUACCUACGCACUCGACUCGACAGCCAACAUCGCAAUGUCGGACCCCGCUGCUACCUUGGCCUCUCUUCUUCGUGCAUCCACCAUCCAGGAUCACGAUGAGGCCUUGAAACUCGCCAAUGCCGCAAUAAGAGCUUCCAAAACCAACAUCGACGCCCACCACACCAGGGUCGUUGCACUUCUCAAGCUCGAUCGCUUCGAUGACGCCUUGCGAGCCAUCGCCGAAGGUGGCCAUGCGCUAGAGUCCCAGUGCAUUCUCGAGAAGGCCUAUGCUUUAUACAAGACCGGUCACCUCCAAGAAGCACGCGACACUGUCGAAAAGGCGCCCUCGACGCAGCUGAACUCCCGCCCUUUUCGCCAUCUACGCGCACAGAUCGCAUAUCGCGCCGAGAGCUUCGCAGACGCCGCUUCCUUAUAUCGUGGUCUUGCUGGCGAAACAACUGACCUGUACGGUGAAGAGAAUGACGUAAGGAUUAACCUUCUAGCUGCCAAUGCGCAGCUAGAGUGGGCCGGUCUCGGUCAUCAGUUAGACGACAGCGAGAGGCAGCCUUCUCGUGCUGAUCUGGAAUCGUUCGAGACCGCCUACAAUGUUGCGUGCGCCCAUAUUGCGCGGGCCGAGCUUGCUAAAGCCUCCAUCAUGUUAAAACGAGCUCGAGACCUCUGCGAGGCUAGCGAGGACUUAUCGCCCGACGAGAAGAAGGCCGAGCUGCUGCCCAUCAUUGUACAACAUAUUUAUGUGCUCUCUCAACUGGGCAAAGAAUCGGAAGCCGCUGCGCUGCAAAAGCUGGUUGUGCAAUCCGACAUCCCAGAAGCACCCACGAGGGCAGUUGCUCACAACAACCAAAUCGCCCUGGCUGGAAUGGAUGGUAAUCCUUACCUCACUCAGCGCAUCUCUGAACUUGCAGGUAAAUUAUCUGGUAACGACAAGCUUUUCGAGUAUCAGCAGUCCGUCUUGAGGCGAAAUAGAUAUACACUGGGUCUUCGGAUGCAAAAGUUUCAAGGAAUAGAAUCAUCAACUAACAAUCAGAUUCUCGCUGCAUCUUCACCUUCAGCCUUGCUCGAUGUGGCACCUCUUGGAGUCAUAAGUGCUGCUGCCCGCACUGAGAUGGCCAGCAGCAAAGCUGCCAUCCAUAAGAUUUUACCGGCCCUGGAAAAACGCCCAAAUGAUGUGGGACUACUAUUGACCAUCAUCCAACUCUAUAUUCAAACACGGAACCCCGGCCCGGCCCUUACUCUACUGGAGGCGUUUCUAAAACGCUUGGAGGUCAUAACCACCACUGAUUAUACUGAUGUGCGGUUCUCUCCCGGCCUCGUGGCUGUAGCCGUGGCGCUGUACAGACUGCAAGGUCGGCAGAACUCAGUUCGUGCUGAACUAGCCAGAGCCUCAGCACACUGGCGAUCGAAACCAGAAUGCGCCUCUACUUCACUUCUGCGCGAGGCUGGUGUAGAGCUCCUUCAUUCCUUGAACCCUGAAGAUAUAACCGCAGCAGGAGCAACUUUUGAAAAACUAGUUACCCAACUCGGCCAAGACAUCACAGCAGCAGCAGGGCUUGUAGCAUCCUUCGCAACCCGCGACUUCGCCAAGGUUGAGCCCUACCUAUCGAAGUUAACGCCAGUAGAGCGACUGACAGCGGGCACCGAUGUCCAAGCCUUGAUACAAGCCGGUGUAUGUCAAGCCGCGGCACCUACGCCCGCAAGCAGAAAGCGAGGGGCAACAUCAGCAGACGAAGCAGAGAAAGAGAAACUCACUAAGCGCCGACGUAAACAGAAGCUGCCCAAAGAUUAUGUAGAAGGCAAACAACCAGAUCCAGAACGAUGGCUACCCCUGCGAGACCGCAGCACUUACCGCCCGAAAGGAAAGAAGGGCAAGAAGCGCGCACAGGAGGUCACGCAGGGCGGCGUUGUCAAGGAGGAGGAGACGCUUGAGCUCGUGGGUGGCGCAGGGGCAGUCAAGGUGGAAAAGGCGACCGCCAGCAAGAAGAAAAAGAAAGGAAAGAAAUAAAAGGGAUGCGGGAGAAAGCGUUGGCUUGGCUUGGCUGGCUACGGUGUGUAUAUAUGGUAAAUGUUCUGGUCAUCUCAUGUGCUAUGAACAUGAAUAGACCGCUCUCCCCAACCGGUUUGGUCACUCAUUAUAGUUGUGCCUACCUAGUAAAUAUGAGUGCCAGUGCUACUACAUGAAGAUCCUCGCGAUGCUUCUGGCGCGGGGAAUGCACUAAACGCGGGCUGCGAUAAUACUCACAAUCCGAGCUUCCCCUAAGUUGAUCGGAGACCCAUCCAAUCGAGCAUUUCGUACGCUUCCAAGUUUAAUGAAAUUGUGAUUAUGAAUUUGAAGUCGAAUGGUAUUUACAGCUAGAAAACAUAUUCGACCCCGGAAGUUAGGAAACAAGUCCUGUCCUCUCUACAAUAAUCAUGCAAGCGUGGGCGACCAGAAGAGCCCGAAGAGCCCGAAUACAGAAUAUGAAUCAAUAGAUAUUAUAUGAAGUAUCUCGUUGUCACC